CCAUUCGAGCCCGAGACGUGCAGUCCGAUUUGUGUUCCCCAAGUCACCAAGCCAUGCCUUCCAAAGUCGCCGGCGUUGCCCUGGCCACAGCGGGCGCCUACGCAGCAUCCCAGGCCUUCCUGGCCCCAACUGCGCCUGUGACUCAGCCAUCCACGGGUCGCCACCUUCGCCAAGCCACCGAAACCUCCGGUGCCGCCAGCUGCGCCGGAGCCGGCGCCCUGGCCGUUGGCGUGGCAGGUGUAGCAGUCGCUGCCAACCAGAAACGCGUCAGCCGACGUUGCCAGGUGGUGCGUCAGGCUGUGGCCGAGAAGGUCUUCACCAAGAUGCCCGCCUCGGUGAAGCCGGGAGUGGUCACCGGCACCUCGGCAGUUGGAUGGUGGCCCCUGGCCCGUCGGGUUACCAUGGGAGGAGGUUUGAAAGGGGUUCAAAAUGAUGUUUUAUGUUUGUAA